AUGGCGAUAGUCUCAGUGUACAGUGCCCAGCCAACUUUCGUUAAGUCGUGUUUAGGAUCUUCCCAGCCGAAAGGAUCAGCCAACAAACUCCCCAGCUCUGCGAUUCCAAAUAGCGAUAGAGUCACCAACAUUGACGGCACGACGGCGAGCCAUUUGUACGAGGUGAUGAACACAAACGGAGAAGAAAGUGCGAAGAAGAAGACGACAAAGUUCAUCAAAUGGAUGAAAGCAAAAGGCAUCGAGCUUGAGACGAUUCGUUCAAUAUCAGCGACCGCAUUCACGCACGCCUCUAUUCGACCGAGCAUCUCGAAUGCGCUGCGUUCGGAGAUGUGUCCGAGGCGACGGCGUUCGUCAAUGAUGGCGAUCAUCUUCGACGCGCAGCACCCAACUCGCGCUCUAUAA